AUGGAAAUAAAUAAAAUACAUCAUCAAGACUCUAAAUCAUUACCAUCUCAUUCAUUGAUCAAAGUGUCAACCACAGUUGACACGAAUGAAACUGGUAAUAUGAGGUCUCACGAACAUGAAGGAAUAACACAUUCUACAUCAAAAAUCUCUCUUUCCAAACGAUAUUCAUCAUUAUCUCCUCAACAUCCAAUUCGUUUUAUUGGAUUAUCUGCACAAGUUUUCUUAUAUUAUGUAGCUUAUAGCUAUCUAAUAGAACUUUUAUUUACAUUAAAAGGUUUUAGCAAUACAGCUUGGUUUUUAACAUGUUAUCAAUUUUUUAUUUAUGGUAUUCUUUCAUUUAUGCAACUUGGUUUUAUUGGCUUAAGUCAACGAAGAGCAAGUUAUCGAUCUUACAUAAUUCUUGCUUCAUUGUCUGUCAGUACUAUGGGUUUAUCAAAUUAUGCCGUUGGUUAUUUAAAUUAUCCAACACUAUUAAUAUUCAAAUGUUGUAAACUAAUACCUGUAUUAAUUGGUGGUAUUAUUAUUCAAAAAAAAAGAUUCAAUCGUUAUGAUGUUGCUGCUGCUUUUUGUAUGUCAAUUGGAUUAAUAUUUUUUACUCUAGCCGAUUCCAAAGUACAACCAAAUUUUAAUACAUAUGGUGUAAUCCUUAUUUGUUUGGCUCUUGUUGCUGAUGCGAUUAUUGGUAAUUAUCAAGAAAAAGUUAUGAAAACACAUCAUGUUUCUAAUGUUGAAAUGGUAAUAAAAGAAAGAAUAUUGAGUUGA